GUAACAGGACUUAAAUCAUCGCAAGGAAAAACUUCACAGAACCUGAACCGGGAGGCCAUCGCCAACAUGGAUCUGGGCUUCCUGCCCGUACCCAUCCCCCUGUCCUGGGUUCUACUGGCCAUACUGCCUGUCCUGUUUUACCUGUACGCAGUGCGGCCCAUGCAGGCAUUGAAGAAGAUGGGCGUACCUGGCCCCACACCAUUACCACUCAUUGGAAACCUGCAUCAGACUAUGAAGGCGGGUUUCUAUAAUGUUGAGGCUCAGACAGAAGCUAUAGCUACCUAUGGUAAGGUGUACGGAGUUUUCAACGGCCGUGUUCCAGUCCUGGUGAUUUCUGACCCAGAGAUGCUGAGGGAAAUCUUCGUCAAGCAGUUCCACAAGUUCGCUAACCGCGCAACAGGAAGCCUGGAUCUGGAUGUAAAGCCGCAGAAUCUCAUGAUCUCCUCGCUGUUAGACGAGGAGUGGAAGAACCUACGAAGGAUCAUCAGUCCGGCCUUCAGCGGGGGCAAACUUAAACAGAUGACAGAAGCAAUAAACAGCUGUGCAGACCUGCUACUGGGAAAUAUCCGCAGCUUUGGAGAAAAAGGGGAAUCCUUCGACAUAAAGGAACUGACGAGUGCAUUCCUUACUGACGUCACCGCCCGGACAGGGUUUGGAUUGGACGUGGAUUCACAGCGGAACCCACGUGACCCCUUCGUCAUCCAUUUGAAGAAGACGUUUAGUUCUAACUUCUUCAAUCCACUGAUCUGGCUCAUGCUCCUGUUCCCCAGUAUCAUGAAGCCGAUUUUGGAGAAGUUGAAUUACAACUUUCUGGGCAGGGAUGUUAUUAACUUCUUCUACAGCAUCUUUGAGCAGGUCAUGGAGAUGAGGCAGAAUGGACAAAGUCGUGGCCGUGUGGACCUUAUGCAACUGCUGAUGGAUGCUCACAAGGAUGAUGACGUUGACAACAAUGAUGACGUGGACAACCAUGAUGACGUUGACCUCAAUGAUGACGUCGACAACAAUGACGUUCAAGAGACCGAAGUGCAAGGAACGAAGAAACCCCUGUCCAAAGACGAUGUUGUAGCAAACGCGUUUCUGUUCUUCGCCGCCGGUUAUGAGAACUCGGCCAACACCAUGGCGUUCACGCUGUAUAACCUGGCUUUGCAUCAGGAGGCACAGGACAGGGUCAGGCAGGAGAUCAACCAAGUCAUGGAGGACAGGGACGUAGUGGACUACGAGGUUGUCCACAGCAUGCCGUAUCUUGAUAUGUGCAUCAACGAGACCCUCCGCAUGUAUUCUUCUGUUCCCAACUGUGACCGUAUUGCAGGGGAAGAGGUCAAGCUGAAAUGGCUGACCAUCCCGAAGAACACGAAGGUUGUCAUUCCUUUCCUUGGAAUCCACUACGACCCCGAACGCUGGCCAGAGCCAUACAAGUUCAUCCCUGAAAGGUUCACUAAGGAGGAGAGAGAGAAGAGGGACCCGUACGAUUGGCUGCCGUUCGGGGUGGGACCGAGGAACUGCAUCGGGAUGCGGCUUGCUCUGAUGGAGCUGAAGGUUGGACUGGCCAAGGUGCUGAUGAAGUAUCGCUUCGUCACCGGACCCGAUACCGAAAUCCCACUGAAGAUCAGUAAGUACACGGUGCUAGCCACCCCAGAGAACGGGAUUCGGCUGCGGGCGGAGCCGCUGCGUCCUGGAAGCGACUGAUCCAUUUUGGUUCCUGGAAAAGAAAGAGAAGAGAAAAGAAAGAGCAAACCUUUACUUGUCACAUGCUAAACAAAUUGAUGACAUUCCAACUAAAGAAGGUAUUACAGGCAUUGAGGUAAAUUUGAACUUCAGAUUUAAUGCCAGGGGUUUUGGAUGCGAUAUGCAGAAGUGGAUGCUUAGGGAUGCAUUUGCGUGAUUUUAGAGUAUUUUCAACUGAAUCACUAUACUAUACCAUACUACAGGCUCCACCCAGGCUGGUGCCAAAAAUCGUUGCUAGAUCUAAGCUUGGACUUGAGUAGUCCGGUUUGAAUUAUGGAAAUACUAUAGGAUUGUCACACACACUUCCUGUCUAUGACUGAGACUAACCCUACACCAGGGCUACAUGUAAGUUAGUAUUUAGGGGUAUUUUAGGAAUUGUGUAAAUAACAAAUAUUAGCAUAACAACAUUUAAAACAAAAAGAAUGUCCUGCAUUUUUAUUGAUUUUUAUUGUUUCAAGGCUCAAACCACACGUUAGCCAGAGAUCUCUUUCCGAAUAAAACAACAUACUUGUCCUUUUGUGCCUCAAAUAGUCACAGUGUUGAAAUACAUUACAGAUAAAACUCAAGCGUUUUUAACACUUAUGGACAAUUUUGUACAAUUCAGCUCAUUAUCUGGAUUUCCCUGUACACACAUACGAGUACAAAUAUCUUUACACACAACUAUUACUGAAUUAUACAAUCUGCUGUAACAGCCAUGUCAACACAAGACACUCUAACCCAUCUUCCAAGUAGACAAGGUAUUAGAUACUGAGUACCUCUUCCCAACACAAUGUUUUAAGCAUUACACUAAAUAGCCAGCUGAACACAUUCAAGAAUUCAACAGUUAAGCUAACAAUUAAAAAAAAAAUGUCUGAAUAAGCUUCCUUUUCAACUACCCAUACAGAAAACAAGUCUUACAAGGGAAUACCUUUCUUGACCACAGCUUGAAACUUUCUGACAGUAGUAUUAAAUCAUUGGCCUUUGAAUAAGACUUUGUGUGCAAAGGUGAAAGUCCAAUAUAUCUAAAACAUACACACCUUAGCCACUUUUAUAUGAUGGUUUCCACUGGCUCUUGUAGCCCAGUUUUGUCAACACUUCACAAUCUAACCCUAACCCCUAAUUUAAAGUACCCUACUGCAUAGAUCUCAAUGACUUCACAAUAACCCUAAUUUUACCACAAACAACAUUGACCCAAAUAACUUUAGUGUAAACACCAGCAAACAAAAAUACCCUAAAAAAAGCCACAGGUACUUCUUCAUUACUAGGUUACUUCUUCAUCACUAGGUUAUUAUGCCAGUGAACAGCAAACUGUACAUUUCACAUCCUUUAACUUUUGGUACGCUUAGUUUUUCACUGUGUACAUUUGCCAGAUAGAAUUUGUAGCCUAUAACAGGUUAACAUGGUUAUUAAAUUUUUGACAGUAGGGCCCCUCUUGGUUUCUUUGUUACCUUUUGCUAACUUAGUGUAAUUAACUAUAUGGUAGUUACACCUAUCACAACAAAAGCUGGUUGUAUUGACUUAGUAGCAGAACUCAAAUAUCUAGAUUGGGAUGGGCAAGAGGCUUGCAAAACAAA